UAAUUUUGCGCAUCGCCUUGACUGCGAUAGUCAACGACGACUCAUCGAUUGGCGCUAUCGGUUGCUGCUCGUCCGUCCCCCCUUAAAAUCCAAAUUCUCAAUAAAAAUACAAAAUAUACAAAUAUAUUUGGAAACCAACAGGCCAAUAAAUAGAAUGAGCUUUGGAUUUAACACAAAAUCGCAAAGUACACAUGUAGAAAGCAAUAAUCGUACCGUGGAGUCGGAUCUGGCGCAAAAGCACGCAAACGGACACGCCAUGGCAGAUGCCGACCAUGACCCCUAUUCACACGAAAGAAACAUGAGUUCCCACGAAGCACUCUUCAGUGGCUCGCUGAGCUCGCUUGCCCAGAGAGACGAGGGCGUGGAGGAGGAUGUCGUCGGGUCCGGGACAGGCCUCGUCGGACUGCACAACAUUGCCAACACUUGCUACAUGAACUCGGCGAUCCAAGCGCUGAGCAAUUUGCCGCCUCUGACGCACUACUUCAUCAACUGCAGCGAUCUGGUGGAGUACAUUGCGGAUCAGAGUGCGCUUGCCCGUAUCUGCAAGCCAGCAGGGCUGGCCAAGAGCUACAGGCGCCUGAUGCAGGAAAUCUGGACAGAGAUGGAAGAUCCCAAAGAAUACAUUGCACCGCGUGGCAUUUUGUAUGGCAUACGGUCGGUGCAUCCGAUGUUUCGCGGCUACCAGCAGCAUGACACGCAGGAGUUCCUUCGCUGCUUCAUGGAUCAGCUGCAUGAGGAGCUGACGGAGCAAGUUUUUGUACAGCCGCAGCAGCAGCAACAAUCGCCACAGCAGCAGAAUAAUCAGCCCAACGAAACUGACGACGACAACGAGGACGAAGUGACGCCCGCCUCGCAUUCGACGGCAGACUCUGAAAGCGACUAUGAAACGUGUGAGAGCAGCAUGUCGGAAUUCACGGGGGAAGUCCAUAUGAACACCGAAUACUUUGUUACGCCAAGCCGAACUGCCGUGGGUUCCAGCACUACCCAGAUGCCAGAGUCUGCUCCAAAGCAACAGCAACAGCGUCAGCAGAAGCAGCGUGAAACAUCACCGGAGCAGACCCCACCGGUAGAGUCAGCUCGUUCCAUCAUCAGCGACGUGUUCGACGGCAAACUGCUGUCCGCUGUUCAGUGCCUUACCUGCGAUCGCGUGUCCUCACGACAGGAAACAUUCCAGGACCUUUCACUGCCCAUUCCCACACGAGACUUCCUCACUAUGCUGCACCAGACACACAGCAUAAGUGUCCAGAGUCUGAGUGCCGCCGAAACGUCGAGCAGAACCAAUGACGGCUGGUUGACGUGGAUGUGGGGCGUGUUCCGAUCGUGGCUGUACGGACCCUCGGUCACACUCUACGACUGCAUGGCCAGUUUCUUCAGUGCGGAUGAGCUCAAGGGCGACAACAUGUACAGCUGCUCGCGAUGCAACAAACUGCGUACGGGCAUCAAGUACUCGCGUGUCCUCAACCUGCCCGAGGUGCUGUGCAUCCACCUGAAGCGCUUCCGACACGAUCUGUCCUACAGCUCGAAGAUAUCCUCGCACGUUUACUUCCCCCUGGAGGGCUUCGACAUGCGGCCGUACGUGCACAAACUGUGCAAGAGCGAGGUGCCCAUCUACAAUCUUUCGUCCGUGAUCUGCCACCAUGGCACCGUCGGCGGUGGCCACUACACCUGCUAUGCACGCAACGCUCUGAACGGACGCUGGUACGAGUUCGACGAUCAGUUCGUGAGCGAGGUGAAUCCCGAAGUGGUGCAGAACUGCCAGGCCUACGUACUCUUCUACCAAAAGCACAAUCCACUGAUGAAGCUCAUUCGCGAGGAAGCCGUACAUCUGUCCAAUGCGCAUCCGCUCUGCGACUCGGACAUUCAGUUCUAUGUGACGCGUGAGUGGAUCUCCCGGCUGGCCACCUUCUCCGAGCCGGGCCCCAUCAAUAACCAGGAAAUGCUGUGUCCCCACGGCGGCGUCCUACAUUCCAAGAUACCCAUGAUCAGCCAGAUUGCCGUGCCCAUUUCCCAGCCCCUGUGGGACUUUUUGUGCAAAAACUUUGGCGGUGGACCGCCAGUGAACAUUCUCUUUGAGUGCGAGAUCUGCAAGCGGGCGGCCGAGGCGCUCUGCCGGCGACAGCAGCACGAGCUCAACGAGUUCACAAGAUUGAAUGGGCUGCAAAGCGAGUUCGAUUCAUCUGCCAUCUAUGCCAUUGACAUGCCCUGGCUGCGCUCCUGGCAGAACUUUUCACGCGGCAAGACCUCCAAGGAGCCGGGCCCCAUCAAGAACGAUGGCAUCUGCGCAUCCACGGACAGCAGCUGCACCAUUCGCUGUGUGAGAAUCGGAUCCGAUUAUGCGCAGCUCAAUGCACGCUCCUGGCGGCUUCUGCAUGGCAUCUAUGGCGGCGGACCGGAGAUCUUGCUGCGACAGGCUCUCUCCGAUGACGAAGACGGCGACGAGGAGAUCGAAAUCAUCGAACAGGAUGCCGAGUGCUAUGACGCGCAGGAGCCCGAAGCGGAAGAGGAAGAUAUUACGGCCGAUAGCUAUCAGGGCAAUCAUUCCGACACCGAGAGCAGCCGAGGACGCCGCACCACACCCAGUCCAAGUGUGAGUCCCGUUCCCGGUCCCUCGCCAAAGCCACCGCAAACUGUUGAGACAACACCCAUACCCGAGCAGCACAACACGCCCAAAUCGAAGCGCAGCAGAACCAGCGUGACUGCCUUGCGGCUGAACAUGCGAAAGCGAGGGAAGCGCAAUCGCAGCAGCUUCAAGCACACGGACAUGUUUGGAGCGAAAGGAAAUUACAAUGCCAAUACCAAUGCGGAGCCACCCGCUGCAGCAGACCAUCGGGAAAAGGAUAAAGAGAAGGAAAAGAAAAAGGAGAAAGAGAAGGAGAAGACCACAGCAUUUCAGAGCGAAUACAGCAUACCAAUAUCGAUACCAUUCCAAAGCGACAAUUUCCAGGUCAACGGCUUGCCGGAGAAGACGAGGGAGAAGGGAAAGCGGCGGAAUAGUGUCAGCGGCAGCAAGACCAACAACAAGGAGAACGUCACGCUGCAAAAGUUUGUGACGGUGCGCGAGCCCAAUGGCACGGCGGACGAGACUGAUAUUUGAUCGACGGCGCGAGCAGCUCCCAAGCCCAAAAACAGGCCACAAUCAAAGUUUAGGCGCAAACCGAAGCGCCAUUAGUGUUAUAUACCUCAGUGUAUAGCUGGGUGGAGGCUAUAUAAAUUGUGUAAAAAUUGUA